GUAACAUUCAAUGAUCUAACUCAGAAUACAUGGACCUACUGUGUUACUAUGAAGGCUGAUGGUGGAUGGGACCCUCUUACGUGCACAGAGACAAGAUACUUCAUGUGCUAUGAACAAAAUGCUUUAUCACAGACUCCUAUUUAUCAUCUAAUCUGUGAGUGUAAGACCUGGUUUGAAGCUCAGAGUUACUGCAGGAGGAACUACACUGACCUGGUCAGCAUCAAAGAUCAUAAGCAGAAUGGAGAGGUGAUGGAAAGCCGGUUAGGUAUUACCAGUUCUUUCUGGAUCGGCCUGCUGUGUGAUGACUGGCAGUGGACUGAUGGAGAAAACUCUGCCUACAGGAAGUGGGGGAGCGCUGAACCUCAGUCAUCAACAAACCUCUGUGUAGUCCUGAGUGGAGGGAACUGGUCUACAGUGUCGUGCAGUGAGAAACACUCUGCUCUGUGCUACUGGAGUUUCCUCCAUGUGAGUAAAAAGCCUAUGAUCUGGGAGGACGUGCUGGAUUACUGUACUAAAGAGAACAGGACUGGAGUUUUGAUAAUCAGUUCUGCAGGUGAACAGAAAUUCAUGGAGUCUGAGCUCAGGAGGAGGAGGAUCAGUGAGACGUUGUGGGUGGGGCUCAGACAGAGCAGACUCUUUGGGUUCUGGAUCUGGGUGGAUGGGACAGCUGUGUACCCGUACUCUAACUGGUGCGGAGGGAAACAGCCUGAGGGUCCACUCACUCAACACUGCGGCGCCGUCAACUCUCUGGACUACACAUGGAGAAAUAUGAGCUGUCAGGCUAAGUACAGAGCUCUGUGUUACACCAAAUGUCCUCUAUGAGACACACACACACACACACACACACACACACACACACACACAAACACUUUUAUAUUUAGUGUUCAUUUGUUUCUCUAUCUUGUUUUUUUUUUUUUUGUAAGGUGUAUGGUCUGAGAGUGAAGCCCCACUAACUGAACCCUAAUGCCUUCUAUAUAAUCAACAACACAACCUCUCUCUCUCU